AUGUAUUGUUAUGACAAUGAUUUAUUAAGAAAAGCCGAGAAUUAGGUUUAGGAAAGUAACUCUUGCAAUGAAAAGGAAUAAAAAAUUCAGUACAAUUAGCUUUAAGAUUAAAUGUUCUAAAAGUCUUAAUGGUCAAAGAAUGUAACAGAAAAAGAUAUACGUGAGACAAAAUUCAAUGGUAUAUGCAAGAUCUAUUAUAAAUAUAGGUCAUUGGACUAAAGAGGAGCAUAAGUAAUAUCUUGAAUUUGUAAAUAAUCACUAUGAUAUUUUUACGUCAAAAUAUGAUAAGAAGUCAAAAAGGAUAUUAAAAUGA